UCAUUCGAUGUUCGUCCACUAGUGCCAGUGGGAGGAAAAAUUUCUUCUUCCCUUGUGUGUGAAAAAAAGAAAACCCUUAAUUUCGCGUGUUCUGCUAGUCUUUGGAUGGGCGAUUCCAGCACUGAUCAGCAGCAAUCCAGCACUAGCACCAGCACCAGCACCAUGAAGCCAACGAACGGAACCGAAAACGGCAGCAGCGUCAAGACCCCGUUCCUGAUCGGAGUGGCGGGAGGAACCGCCAGCGGAAAGUCGACGGUCUGCAAGCGGAUUAUGGAACAGCUGGGUCAGGCUGACAUGGACCACACGCAGCGACAAGUCGUCUCGAUCAGCCAGGACAGCUUCUACCGGGAGCUAACCUCCGCGGAGAAGGUCCGCGCCGAGAAGGGUCAGUUCAACUUUGACCAUCCGGACGCGUUCAACGAGGAGUUGAUGCUGAAAACUUUGCAGGACGUACUGCAGGGCAAGAAGGUCGAGAUCAACGAGUACGACUACCGCACAAACUCGGUCUGCCCGGACCGGAAGCUGACCAUCUAUCCCGCAGACGUGGUGCUGUUCGAGGGCAUCCUCGUAUUUUACUUCCCCGCGAUCCGGGAUCUGUUCCACAUGAAGCUGUUUGUGGACACGGACUCGGACACGCGGCUGGCGAGAAGAGUGCCCAGAGACAUCAACGAGCGGGGCCGCGACCUGGAACACGUUUUGAACGCGUACAUGACGUUUGUGAAGCCAGCCUUCGAGGAAUUUUGCUCCCCGACUAAAAAGUUCGCUGAUGUGAUUAUCCCACGUGGAGCUGAUAACACAGUGGCCAUCGAUCUGAUCGUGCAGCACAUCCGCGAGUUCCUGAACAACCGCACCCGGCAGGACCACAGUCCCCAUCUGGCGACGGCCGGCACCAGUGCCCUCAAUCUGCCCCGCGGCCGAGAUUGAAGCCGUAGCCAUUUUAUUCUGCCAGUAGAAAGGAAAAUUUUGCAGCAAUAAGCAAAGUAAAGCAAAAAGUUUCCAAAAUUAAGUAGAAAACUGUAAAAAGCACUUCAUCAAUCAUCAUUGUAAGAGAUGUCAUUUUGGGUAGAUACUUUUACUAACUCACACUAAAAUAUUCGUUUUUUUGUUGAAGCAUUUAUACUAAUCGUUUAGUAUUAAAAAAUAACAAGUAUUUAUUACAAGCAAACUACCAAUAAAAGUAACAAUAGAGUAAGCUACACGCAUUUAACCAACUGCCUAGUUGCCAUAGCCUUCGUGGAAAUUUCCGUUCAUUUGUAUGGGUUUACGUAAGUCUAACUGUUUAACACUAACCAAACGCUGUCAUUGGCACCAACCAACAAUUCCAUCUACCGUCCUGCCACAAACAACUGGAGUAACCACUUUUAUUUGUUUAUAUUUUUCGAUCAAAGCAACCUUCAAACACUAAAAAAAACCCUCCAAAAUCAACACCAACAGUAGAAGCAACACCAUAAGAAGCUGAUUUCUUCUGCUAAGUUUUUUUUCGGUUUGACGUUUUGUUAGUUCUGCAACAAAAUAAAAGUUUCAACCCGGAUUUCAAAAGCGUCGUGCCAACCCGGAAUUUGUUUGACUCACACUAACGUAGAGAGUGGCUAAUUUGUAAGCUAGUAUUUAGUUAAGUUUUCAAAUAAUUAAUAGUUUUUUACCUAACAAAUCCGAGUUUACUUCAUCCGCAUACAAAUCUCAUACGAAUUUGACUUGACAUUUGUUCUUUCCCCCACAAACUCUCUCCAGUUUAAGCAUUUAUGAACUGAUUGAUAAUUUCGUUUUGUUCUGAUUCAAAUCCGACCCCUCUAGUCCGAUACUUCGUUUUUCAUUGAGACAAAAACAAUAGCAGAAGUAAAAACGAAACGCACUUGACAGAACGCAAAAUAUAGUAAACAAAGUAAAAACAAACAAACGCUGAGCGCGCUUGCAAGACUUGUCAACACACAAACAUCUGUGUAAAAAAAACGUCAAACAAAUCGCACCCAUAAACGGCUACUAACGGCAGCAAAUGUUAGACCCCCCGAUACCAAAAAUUAGCGCUAGUACCAUGCAAGUCAGACAACAACAAACAAAACAAAACAAUGUGGCAUAGCUCUUUCCUUGGCGUUAUUGUCCCUUGCACGGAGCGUUUUAACCUCACUUUUUUUCACUCUCAGCAGCACUAUCUUUAGCAAAACAGUUUCAUUGAGCAUUCGCUGAGAGAAAAUUUGUAGUCUCUCUUCUCUUUUGCGCGAGUUAUUAGUCAACUAAAAGCGUGAAACGUCAAACGCCGCGCAAAUGUUUGUAAACAUUUAAAUCGUGGGUGCUCAGCGAAACAAUAAAAUUAUAUUUUGAGAUUUUCUGCAUCGUUUCCACUCGUUUCUCACUUUCGUCGGUGAGAUACGCCCACUUGUGAAAAGAGAUUUUUUGAGAUGUCUUCCUCAACAAACGUCAAACACCGUACAAAAUUCUCAACGAUUUUUUUUUCUCGGAUGGUAAAGAAAAGUGUGAAUAAAACGCUUCCUGCAAAAGACAAUACUCCCGUUGUAGUUGAAAAGUGUCAAAAUUCCCCAUCCGUUUCCAUGUUGUUGAUUCACAUGUUUCCUUCGCCAUAUUGUUAAAACCAUUUUUGUUUUCUUUGUUUAUGUUAUAAAUUUAAUUAUAACUGAAUACUCUUUCCCCGUUGUAACGUUUUGCCGCAACUCUACUCAACGUACUCAAACUCAAACUAAAUGCAAUUGCCAUAAACGUAAACAAAUAAUGUUAAAACGUUAAAAAAUAAACAAAACUAAAACCAACCCCGCAAAAAAGAUGAGCGCACCCCCUCCCCUUCGACCAGCUUCAGACGGUUCUCGUCGACCAUCAUCAACCGGAAGCUGUUCUCGGUUGUUUUCAACUACUAAACUCUGGUGGUGGCGAAACGCAGCAAAAGCAAUACAAGAAGAAACAAAGCAAAACUUAGUGUGAGCGCCUAGAGACAAGCAAAAAAAAAACAAAAGAUGUAAACAAACAAAACAGUGUAACCACAUUGACUUGAUAUUAAAGGAGGAGAUUUUUUUUGUAGAGAAAAUAAUAAAACUUUAACCAAAUUGAAUAGGGGCCUUUUGGAAUGCAAAGAAAAAAAUUACUAAGGUUAGAGCUUAUGUUAGCUUUACUUUUUUUCAUCAGUAGUUACCACCGUGAAAUAAUUUGCGAUAUGAAUUUAUAGGUUAUAAAUAAUCAAAAGUACAUUUUGGAUUACAAAUUUGGGAAGCUCUAUUUUAUAGCUAGGAUGUAACGGUUUAUAUUUUUUAUCUUUCUAUUACGGUUUUGUUGAAUAAAUUUGUAUGAGUUCGAAA